UGAGGCCAAAACCGAACUAUCACAUAUUGCAGGCUUUUGCAGCUAAUGGUAGGCCUGGUUAAUAACUGAUUCAAAGUAGGCCGUAUAUUUAAGUCAGGGUAGGUCCAACGCACACAAAGAUGUCGGUAAAAGAGAAUAGCGCAGAGCCAUUAAAGCAAGAAGAACUCUUAAAAACUCGUCAGCAUUUGUCAUUACUUCGUGAACAAUACGUAAAACUGCAAGUGGAGCAUGCUGAGUUACAAAGAAGUCAUUUCACAUUAAAAGCUCUGCAAGGCGGGAGUGGAACUAAUGAUAAACUGAUAGAUUCAACUGACCACAGUCUGGCAUCUGGACUAAUACAAAGUACAACCAAACUUUUUGGCCGCAAUCUGUUUAGCCCCGGAGACUCGUAUAAAAGUACGUCGACAAUAUGCCGACGAUUUAAAAGACACGUGGCCGGGUGUGACGUCACGAAUCGCAAUGUCAGCGCAAAUUUGCUCGUCUCGAAUUAGUCUGUAUCGUAUAACACGAGCACCCGAUGUUUCGUAUCUGAUUAGACUAAUUUUUAAUAAAAAAACAUAAAUUCAUAAACUUUUUUAUAUUGAAAUAAUACAAAGUGCCGCAUUACGUCUU